AAAUUGCAGAAGGCGAGGGGCGAGCGCGAGGGUGUAUCCCUCCGAAACCCUCGCCCGCCCCAGGAGCGCCGGUAGCGGCGGCCCGGCGAGGAUCCGCUCCAGGAGAUGAUAGAAAGUGACAUCUCAUCCAUAAUGUCAGGAAUUAUUCGAAACUCAGGGCAAAAUCACCACCCCUCUCCACAGGAAUACAGGCUCCUGGCCACCACCAGCGAUGACGACCUUCCCGGGGACCUGCAGUCACUGUCGUGGCUCACGGCUGUGGACGUGCCACGGCUACAGCAGAUAGCAAGUGGCCGCGUGGACCUGGGUGGCCCCAGUGCCCCGCACUCACAUCCAGGUGCCUUGGCUGGGGUGGCUGACCUGCAUGUGGGAGCCACACCAGGUCCCCUGCUCCAUGACCCCACUGGCAUGGCGCCCCCAGGCGUACUGGGUCUGGGCACCAUGGCCAGCUACAGAGCCAGUAUGAACCAGUUCCCUGUGGGGGGCCAGCCCUCCUCCAGCCUGCAGGACCCGCCACAGCUAUACUCUUCAGCUUCCCAACCACAGUUCCCACUGCCCCCAGGCAUCCAGCAGUGCCCUCCCGUGGGCCUGUAUGGCUCCCCGUUUGGGGCACGACCUCCCUACCCCCAACCCCGCAUGGCUGUGCAUUCAUCUCAGGAACUGCACCCCAAACACUACCCCAAGCCCAUCUACUCAUACAGCUGUCUGAUCGCCAUGGCCCUGAAGAACAGCAAGACAGGCAGCCUGCCAGUGAGUGAGAUCUACAGCUUCAUGAAGGAGCACUUCCCCUACUUCAAGACGGCGCCCGAUGGCUGGAAGAACUCAGUACGGCACAACUUGUCCCUGAACAAGUGCUUUGAGAAGGUGGAGAACAAGAUGAGUGGGUCCUCACGCAAGGGCUGCCUGUGGGCCUUGAACCUGGCUCGCAUUGAUAAGAUGGAAGAGGAGAUGCAUAAGUGGAAGAGGAAGGACCUAGCUGCCAUCCACCGGAGCAUGGCCAAUCCUGAGGAGCUGGACAAGCUGAUCUCGGACCGGCCAGAAAGCUGCCGACGCCCUGGAAAACUGGGGGAGCCUGAGGCUCCCGUGCUGACCCGUGCCACCUCGGUGGCCAUGGCCCAUGGCUGCCUGGCCGUUCCCCAACUCCCGCCCCAGCCGCUGAUGACCUUGUCCCUGCAGUCAGUCCCCCUGCAUCACCAGGUCCAGCCCCAGGCACAUCUCGCCCCAGACUCUCCUGCCCCAGCCCAGACCCCACCCCUGCAUGCCCUGCCGGAUCUGAGCCCCAGCCCCCUCCCACACCCCGCCAUGGGAAGGGCUCCUAUGGACUUCAUCAACAUCAGCACCGACAUGAGCACCGAGGUGGACGCCCUAGACCCCAGCAUCAUGGACUUCGCCCUGCAGGGGAACCUCUGGGAGGAGAUGAAGGAUGAGGGCUUCAGCCUGGACACUCUGGGGGCCUUCGGAGACUCCCCCCUCGGCUGCGAGCUGGGGACCUCGGGCCUGACCCCUGUCUCUGGCAACAGCGACCAGUCCUUCCCAGACUUGCAGGUGACAGGUCUGUAUACUGCAUACUCGACGCCGGACACUAUGGCCACGUCAGCUUCCACUUCCUCCUCUCAGUACCUGGGCACCCCAGGGAACAAGCCCAUAGCUCUGCUUUGA